AUGGCAGAUAGCAGUUCUGAUGGUGAAAGCAGUUCUCACUGUGAAUGCAGUUCUGAUGGUGAAGACAGUUCUGACGGUGAAAGCAGUUCUGAUGGUGAAGACACUUCUGAUGGUGAAGACAGUUCUGAUGGUGAAUGCAGUUCGGAUGGUGAACGCAGUUCCGACAGUGAAUUGAAUUCUGAAGAACCCCCCAGAAAGAAAUAUAAAAUUUCGAGUCUUACAUACCGAAGAACAAAGAUGCAUGAUGCCGUUUCCUGUUGGGAUAUCAUUACUCUUAAAGAGAUUCUUCAGAAUGAAAUGCACUUGGUAGAUGUGCAAGACGAAUACGGAAAGACAGCCUUACACAUAGCUGCCGAACAAGGGAAUAAGCAAAUAGCAUUACUGCUGUUGUCUGUGGGUGCUGAUAUGAGCCUGCAAGAGCAAGCGGGCAUGACCGCUCUCCAUAUAGCUUUGAAACAUAGCUACGAAGAAACAACAAAAGUUCUUACCAACGCAAACGCGAAGUAUGACAUACAAGAUAAAAAUGGUAAGACUGCCUUGCAUUAUGCAACAGAAAAGAAAUAUGUAGAAGUUGUAAAGAAACUUUUAGCUGCUGGUGUUAAUACCCGACUUCAAGACAAAUCGGGAAAGACAGCCCUCCAUGUAGCUUUGAAAAAGCGUAGCCAAGAUGCAGCAGAAUUGCUUGUCGAGGCAGAGUCGGAAAACAACAUUCAAGAUAAGGAUGGAAAGACUGCAUUACAUUAUGCAUCAAAACGCGAUUAUGAAGAUGUUGUAAGGAAACUGUUGGUUUCAGGUGCUAAUACCAGUCUUCAAGACGAAGCGGGAAGGACAGCCCUCCACGUAGCUUUAAAAAAUCAUAGCCAAAAGGCAGCAGAAUUGCUUGUCGAGGCUGACUUGGAAAACAACAUUCAUGAUAAGGAUGGAAAGACUGCAUUACAUUAUGCAUCAGAGUGCGAUUAUGAAGAAGUUGUAAGGAAGCUGUUGGCUUCAGGUGCUAAUACCCGUCUUCAAGACAAAGAGGGAAAGACUGCCCUCCACGUAGCUUUGAGAAAUCAUAGCCAUAAUGCAGCAGAACUGCUUGUCGAGGCUGACUCGGAAAACAACAUUCAAGAUAAGGAUGGAAAGACUGCAUUACAUUAUGCAUCAGAGCACGAUUAUGAAGAAGUUGUAAGGAAGCUGUUGGCUUCAGGUGCUAAUACCCGUCUUCAAGACAAAGAGGGAAAGACUGCCCUCCACGUAGCUUUGAGAAAUCAUAGCCAUAAUGCAGCAGAAUUGCUUGUCGAGGCUGACUCGGAAAACAACAUUCAAGAUAAAUAUGGAAAGACUGCCUUACAUUAUGCAUCAGAGUGCGUUUAUGAAGAAGUUGUAAGGAAGCUGUUGGCUUCAGGUGCUAAUACCCGUCUUCAAGAUGAAGCGGGAAAGACGGCCGUCCAUGUAGCUUUAAAAGAGCGCAGCAAAAAGGCAGCAGAAUUGCUUGUCGAGGCAGACUCUACAAACAACAUUCAAGAUAAGGAUGGAAAGACUGCAUUACAUUAUGCAUCAGAGCGCGAUUAUGAAGAAAUUCUAAAGAAGCUGUUGGCUUCAGGUGCUAAUACCCGUCUUCAAGACGAAGCGGGAAAGACGGCCCUCCAUGUAGCUUUAAAAGAGAGCAGCAAAAAGGCAGCAGAAUUGCUUGUCGAGGCAGACUCUACAAACAACAUUCAAGAUAAGGAUGGAAAGACUGCAUUACAUUAUGCAUCAGAGCGCGAUUAUGAAGAAAUUCUAAAGAAGCUGUUGGCUUCAGGUGCUAAUACCCGUCUUCAAGACGAAGCGGGAAAGACGGCCCUCCAUGUAGCUUUAAAAGAGAGCAGCAAAAAGGCAGCAGAAUUGCUUGUCGAGGCAGACUCUACAAACAACAUUCAAGAUAAGGAUGGAAAGACUGCAUUACAUUAUGCAUCAGAGCGCGAUUAUGAAGAAGUUGUAGGGAAGCUGUUGUCUUCAGCUGCUAAUACCCGUCUUCAAGAUGAAGCGGGAAAGACGGCCCUCCAUGUAGCCUUAAAAGAGCAUAGCAAAAAGGCAGUAGAAUUGCUUGUCGAGGUAGACUCUACAAACAACAUUCAAGAUAAGGAUGGAAAGACUGCAUUGCAUUAUGCAUCAGAGCGCGAGUAUGAAGAAGUUGUAAGGAAGCUGUUGGCUUCAGCUGCUAAUACCCGUCUUCAAGAUGAAACAGGAAAAACGGCCCUCCAUGUAGCCUUAAAAGAGCACAGCAAAAAGGCAGCAGAAUUGCUUGUCGAGGCUGACUCGGAAAACAACAUUCAAGAUAAAUAUGGAAAGGCUGCUUUACAUUAUGCAUCAGAGCGCGAUUAUGAAGAAGUUGUAAGGAAGCUGUUGGCUUCAGGUGCUAAUACCCGUCUUCAAGACAAAGAGGGAAUGACUGCCCUCCACGUAGCUUUGAGAAAUCAUAGCCAUAAUGCAGCAGAAUUGCUUGUCGAGGCUGACUCGGAAAACAACAUUCAAGAUAAAUAUGGAAAGACUGCUUUACAUUAUGCAUCAGAGCGCGAUUAUGAAGAAGUUGUAAGGAAGCUGUUGGCUUCAGGUGCUAAUACCCGUCUUCAAGACGAAACGGGAAGAACGGCCCUCCAUGUAGCUUUAAAAGAGCGCAGCAAAGAGGCAGCAGAAUUGCUCGUCGAGGCAAACUCUACAAACAACAUUCAAGAUAAGGAUGGAAAGACUGCAUUACAUUAUGCAUCAGAGCACGAUUAUGAAGAUGUUGUAAGGAAGCUGUUGGCUUCAGGUGCUAAUACCAGUCUUCAAGACGAAACGGGAAAGACGGCCCUCCAUGUAGCUUUAAAAGAGAGCAGCAAAAAGGCAGCAGAAUUGCUUGUCGAGGCAAACUCUACAAACAACAUUCAAGAUAAGGAUGGAAAGACUGCAUUACAUUAUGCAUCAGAGCGUGAUUAUGAAGAAGUUCUAAGGAAGCUGUUGGCUUCAGGUGCUAAUACCCGUCUUCAAGACAAAGCGGGAAAGACGGCCCUCCAUGUAGCUUUAAAAGAGAGCAGCAGAAAGGCAGCAGAAUUGCUUGUCGAGGCAGACUCUACAAACAACAUUCAAGAUAUGGAUGGAAAGACUGCAUUACAUUAUGCAUCAGAGCGCGAUUAUGAAGAAGUUGUAAGGAAGCUGUUGGCUUCAGGUGCUAAUACCCGUCUUCAAGACGAAGCGGGAAAGACGGCCCUCCAUGUAGCUUUAAAAGAGAGCAGCAGAAAGGCAGCAGAAUUGCUUGUCGAGGCAGACUCUACAAACAACAUUCAAGAUAAGGAUGGAAAGACUGCAUUACAUUAUGCAUCAGAGCGCGAUUAUGAAGAAGUUGUAAGGAAGCUGUUGGCUUCAGGUGCUAAUACCCGUCUUCAAGACGAAGCGGGAAAGACGGCCCUCCAUGUAGCUUUAAAAGGGCGCAGCAAAGAGGCAGCAGAAUUGCUCGUCGAGGCAUACUCUACAAACAACAUUCAAGAUGAAGAUGGAAGGACUGCAUUACAUUAUGCAUCAGAGCGCGAUUAUGAAGAUGUUGUAAGGAAGCUGUUGGCUUCAGGUGCUAAUACCAGUCUUCAAGAUGAAGCAGGAAAAACGGCCCUCCAUGUAGCCUUAAAAGAGCACAGCAAAAAGGCAGCAGAAUUGCUUGUCGAGGUAAACUCUACAAACAACAUUCAAGAUAAGGAUGGAAAGACUGCAUUACAUUAUGCAUCAGAGCGCGAUUAUGAAGAAGUUCUAAGGAAGCUGUUGGCUUCAGGUGCUAAUACCCGUCUUCAAGACGAAGCGGGAAAGACGGCCCUCCAUGUAGCUUUAAAAGAGAGGAGCAAAAAGGCAGCAGAAUUGCUUGUCGAGGCAAACUCUACAAACAACAUUCAAGAUAAGGAUGGAAAGACUGCAUUACAUUACGCAUCAGAGCGCGAUUAUGAAGAAGUUGUAAGGAAGCUGUUGGCUUCAGCUGCUAAUACCCGUCUUCAAGAUGAAGCGGGAAAGACGGCCCUCCAUGUAGCCUUAAAAGAGCACAGCAGAAAGGCAGUAGAAUUGCUUGUCGAGGUAGACUCUACAAACAACAUUCAAGAUAAGGAUGGAAAGACUGCAUUGCAUUAUGCAUCAGAGCGCGGUUAUGAAGAAGUUGUAAGGAAGCUGUUGGCUUCAGCUGCUAAUACCCGUCUUCAAGAUGAAGCAGGAAAAACGGCCCUCCAUGUAGCCUUAAAAGAGCACAACAAAAAGGCAGCAGAAUUGCUUGUCGAGGUAGAUUCUACAAACAACAUUCAAGAUAAGGAUGGAAAGACUGCAUUACAUUAUGCAUCAGAGCGCGAUUAUGAAGAAGUUCUGAGGAAGCUGUUAGCUUCAGGUGCUAAUACCCGUCUUCAAGAUGAAGCGGGAAAGAUGGCCCUCCAUGUAGCUUUAAAAGAGCACAACAAAAAGGCAGCAGAAUUGCUUGUCGAGGUAGAUUCUACAAACAACAUUCAAGAUAAGGAUGGAAAGACUGCAUUACAUUAUGCUUCAGAGUGCGGUUAUGAAGAUGUUGUAAGGAAACUGUUGGCUUCAGGUGCUAAUACCCGUCUUCAAGACAAAGCGGGAAAGACUGCCCUCCACGUAGCUUUGAGAAGUCAUAGCCAUAAUGCAGCAAUUUUGCUUGUCGAGGCUGACUCGGAAAACAAAAUUCAAGAUAAAUAUGGAAAGACUGCCUUACAUUAUGCAUCAAAGCGCGAUUAUGAAGAAGUUGUAAGGAAACUGUUGGCUUCAGGUGCUAAUACCCGUCUUCAAGACGAAGCAGGAAAGACUGCCCUCCACGUAGCUUUGAGAAAUCAUAGCCAUAAUGCAGCAGAAUUGCUUGUUGAGGCUGACUCGGAAAACAACAUUCAAGAUAAAUAUGGAAAGACUGCCUUACAUUAUGCAUCAAAGCGCAAUUAUGCAGAAGUUGUAAGGAAACUGUUGGCUUCAGGUGCUAAUACCCGUCUUCAAGAUGAAGCGGGAAAGACGGCCCUCCAUGUAGCUUUAAAAGAGAGCAGCAAAAAGGCAGCAGAAUUGCUUGUAGAGGCAGACUCUACAAACAACAUUCAAGAUAAGGAUGGAAAGACUGCAUUACAUUAUGCAUCAGAGCGCGAUUAUGAAGAAGUUCUGAGGAAGCUGUUAGCUUCAGGUGCUAAUACCCGUCUUCAAGAUGAAGCGGGAAAGAUGGCCCUCCAUGUAGCUUUAAAAGAGAGCAGCAAAAAGGCAGCAGAAUUGCUUGUCGAGGCAGACUCUACAAACAACAUUCAAGAUAAGGAUGGAAAGACUGCAUUGCAUUAUGCAUCAGAGCGCGAUUAUGAAGAAGUUGUAAGGAAGCUGUUGGCUUCAGCUGCUAAUACCCGUCUUCAAGAUGAAGCAGGAAAAACGGCCCUCCAUGUAGCCUUAAAAGAGCACAGCAAAAAGGCAGCAGAAUUGCUUGUCGGGAUAGACUCUACAAACAACAUUCAAGAUAAGGAUGGAAAGACUGCAUUACAUUAUGCUUCAGAGUGCGGUUAUGAAGAUGUUGUAAGGAAGCUGUUGGCUUCAGGUGCUAAUACCCGUCUUCAAGACAAAGAGGGAAAGACUGCCCUCCACGUAGCUUUGAGAAAUCAUAGCCAUAAUGCAGCAGAAUUGCUUGUCGAGGUAGACUCUACAAACAACAUUCAAGAUAAGGAUGGAAAGACUGCAUUGCAUUAUGCAUCAGAGCGCGAUUAUGAAGAAGUUGUAAGGAAGCUGUUGGCUUCAGCUGCUAAUACCCGUCUUCAAGAUGAAGCAGGAAAAACGGCCCUCCAUGUAGCCUUAAUGAUUUCAGCUGCUAAUACCCGUCUUCAAGAUGAAGCAGGAAAAACGGCCCUCCAUGUAGCCUUAAAAGAGCACAGCAAAAAGGCAGCAGAAUUGCUUGUCGGGGUAGACUCUACAAACAACAUUCAAGAUAAGGAUGGAAAGACUGCAUUACAUUAUGCUUCAGAGUGCGGUUAUGAAGAUGUUGUAAGGAAGCUGUUGGCUUCAGGUGCUAAUACCCGUCUUCAAGACAAACAGGGAAAGACUGCCCUCCACGUAGCUUUGAGAAAUCAUAGCCAUAAUGCAGCAGAAUUGCUUGUCGAGGUAGACUCUACAAACAACAUUCAAGAUAAGGAUGGAAAGACUGCAUUGCAUUAUGCAUCAGAGCGCGAUUAUGAAGAAGUUGUAAGGAAGCUGUUGGCUUCAGCUGCUAAUACCCGUCUUCAAGAUGAAGCAGGAAAAACGGCCCUCCAUGUAGCCUUAAAAGAGCACAGCAAAAAGGCAGCAGAAUUGCUUGUCGGGGUAGACUCUACAAACAACAUUCAAGAUAAGGAUGGAAAGACUGCAUUACAUUAUGCUUCAGAGUGCGGUUAUGAAGAUGUUGUAAGGAAGCUGUUGGCUUCAGGUGCUAAUACCCGUCUUCAAGACAAAGACGGAAAGACUGCCCUCCACGUAGCUUUGAGAAAUCAUAGCCAUAAUGCAGCAGAAUUGCUUGUCGAGGUAGACUCUACAAACAACAUUCAAGAUAAGGAUGGAAAGACUGCAUUGCAUUAUGCAUCAGAGCGCGAUUAUGAAGAAGUUGUAAGGAAGCUGUUGGCUUCAGCUGCUAAUACCCGUCUUCAAGAUGAAGCAGGAAAAACGGCCCUCCAUGUAGCCUUAAAAGAGCACAGCAAAAAGGCAGCAGAAUUGCUUGUCGAGGCAAAUUCUACAAACAACAUUCAAGAUAAGGAUGGAAAGACUGCAUUACAUUAUGCCUCAGAGCGCGAUUAUAAAGAAGUUGUAAACAAGCUGUUGGCUUCAGGUGCUAAUACCCGUCUUCAAGACAAAUCGGGGAAGACAGCCCUCCACGUAGCUUUAAAAGAGCGUAGACGAGGUGCAGCAGAAUUGCUUGUCGAGGCAGACUCUACAAACAACAUUCAAGAUGAAGAUGGAAAGAGUGCCUUACAUUAUGCAUCAAAGUGCAAUUAUGAUGAAGUUGUAAGGAAGUUGUUGACUUUGGGUGCUAAUACCCGUCUUCAAGAUAAAUUGGGAAGGACGGCCCUCCAUGUAGCUUUGAAAGAGCGAAGCCAAAAAGCAGCGGAAGUACUUGCCGAGGCAGAUGCCGAAAACAACAUAAAAGAUGAAGAUGGAGAGACUGCUUUACAUUAUGCGUCAGAAAAUUCAUAUGUAGAAGUGGUCAAGAAGCUUUUGUUUUGUGACAUGAAUCCAUGC